AUGGGAUAUUGGUUGGUUUGCUGGUUGUGCCUUUGGGCUGCUCUGCCCCUCCUGGCCUCUGCUGUGUGUGACCCGGAGCCGGCCUGGAGGCUGCCGUGUGGCCCGCCCGCUAUCAGCAGCACUGACUGUAUCAAGCAGGGCUGCUGCUUUGAGUCACCGAGCCUCAGUGGGCAGCCCUGUUUCUACAACCUGAGAGAGAGCCCGGUGUGUACAGCAGAUGGCCAGUUCAUUCUAGCGAUCACCAGGAAUCUGACCCGUCCUGCCCUCAACCUGUCAUCUCUGUACGUGAAAGAUGGACGAGAAGCUGAGCCACAACAACCAAUGGGGAAACUGAAUACUUUUUCUUUCUCUCUCUUUGCAGUGUGUACAGCAGAUGGCCAGUUCAUUCUAGCGAUCACCAGGAAUCUGACCCGUCCUGCCCUCAACCUGUCAUCUCUGUACGUGAAAGAUGGACGAGAAGCUGAGUGCAGGCCUAAGCUCAUCACAGAGGAACUUGCAGCCUUCCGCUUCCCAAUUACCUCUUGUGGCUCGACCCAGCGGGAGGAGACCGGAAGCUUUGUGUAUGAAACGGACAUCUUGGGGAAGAGGAUGAUUCAGACUGGGCCACAGGGCUCAAUAACCAGGGACAGCACCUUCAGCCUGCACGUCCAGUGCAAGUACAAGGGGGAGCAUGAGGCUGGCUUACAAAUCAAUGUCUCAGUUUACACACUCCCUCCACCAUUAGCUGCUUCUGAAGAUGGGAUUCUGAGGCUGGAACUGCGAAUAGCAAAAGAUGGCAACUACAGGUCGUGGUACAAGGACAGUGACUACCCCAUUGAGAGAAUCCUUCGGGAGUCGGUGUUUGUUGAGGUUCGUGUGAAGGAUCGCGCUGACCCAAUGAUUGUCCUGAGAUUGCGUGACUGCUGGGCAACUCCUGUGCCAGCCCCUGACCAUGAGGUGCAGUGGAGUCUCCUGGUGGAUGGGUGCCCCUAUGAGGGUGAUGACUACCUGACUGUCCUACACCCAGUAGAUGCCUCUUCUGGCCUGCAGUUCCCAACCCAUCACAAGCGGUUUGAAGUGAAGACCUUUGUUUUCUUGGAUGGAGUGUCUGAGCAGCCCCUCUCUGGACAGGUGUACUUGCAUUGCAGUGCUGAGGUUUGCUCUCCCUCUGAUCAGGAUGACUGUGCACCCAGAUGUGGUUCAAGUGAGUUCCUUUAUUCUGUGGAAGAGGAACUUGUAGCCUUCCGCUUCCCAAUUACCUCUUGUGGCUCGAUCCAGCAGGAGGAGACCGGAAGCUUUGUGUAUGAAACGGACAUCUUGGGGAAGAGGAUGAUUCAGACUGGGCCACAGGGCUCAAUAACCAGGGACAGCACCUUCAGCCUGCACGUCCAGUGCAAGUACAAGGGGGAGCAUGAGGCUGGCUUACAAGUCAAUGUCUCAGUUUACACACUCCCUCCACCACUAGCUGCUUCUGAAGAUGGGAUUCUGAGGCUGGAACUGCGAAUAGCAAAAGAUGGCAACUACAGGUCGUGGUACAAGGACAGUGACUACCCCAUUGAGAGAAUCCUUCGGGAGUCGGUGUUUGUUGAGGUUCGUGUGAAGGAUCGCGCUGACCCGAUGAUUGUCCUGAGAUUGCGUGACUGCUGGGCAACUCCUGUGCCAGCCCCUGACCAUGAGGUGCAGUGGAGUCUCCUGGUGGAUGGGUGCCCCUAUGAGGGUGAUGACUACCUGACUGUCCUACACCCAGUAGAUGCCUCUUCUGGCCUGCAGUUCCCAACCCAUCACAAGCGGUUUGAAGUGAAGACCUUUGUUUUCUUGGAUGGAGUGUCUGAGCAGCCCCUCUCUGGACAGGUGUACUUGCAUUGCAGUGCUGAGGUUUGCUCUCCCUCUGAUCAGGAUGACUGUGCACCCAGAUGUGGUUCAAGUGAGUUCCUUUAUUCUGUGGAAGGCCGGUGGUGUUUUAAAUGGCCUUUAUUGAGAAAGUAA